CACAAGUCCACUUCUCUAAGAAGAUUUGUUCAGGCACACGCUAAAACACAAAAACAAAACCUUCAAGAACAUAUCAUUUUGUUAUUUAUAUUUAGAAAAUGGAUCUCGAUUUAUUACAAGAUCUUCCCAUGUUGAACUUCCCAUCACCCAUCAAGAUCCGAUCCAACAACAGAGAUGCUGACGGCGGCGGCGGCAGUUGCACCACGCCCACUUCCUCCGACCACAAGAUUCCUCCCUCCUCCGCCACUACUCCUCCUCCUCCGCCGCAGAAACGCCGUGCACUUCCGCCGUCCCUCGUCUACAGAUCUUGCAAGAGGAAGCUUUUGACGUCAUCAAAGUUUGAGAUUAUUGCUAACAAAGAUGAGAUAGAUCGCUUCUUCUCCUCUGUUUACAACCAGACGAUGACGUCAUCCCCCACCACCACCACCACCACGUCGACCCUCCCGGUGGCUAGGCGACGUAGAAGUUUCCGUUCUUGUCCCCGGAGAUGAUCAAUAAUUGGAAUUAACCAAAAUCAUGUUAAAGGUUCCUUUAUCUUGGUAGCUUUUUCUAUUUUAUUUAUUUUAUCUAAUGAUUCUCAGCUUUAAUUUACGCGUCGACCCACUCUAUAAAUAUACAUGUGCCAUCCAUCGAUGGAAUCUUUUCAACUUUCUUACUAAUUUCAUUUGAAUUAUGAACGUUUUCAAUAAUAUAUUUUUCCUA